GAUGUAUUUUCAAAGAGAAGAGCAUUCCUUUGUUGUGGUUCACCAUGCCUGCACUGGAUCACUAUAAAAGCCCCAGCGCAGAAGGCGACAUUCAUUCUCCAGAACCUCACCUUCAGCAUCACACCAAGUCCUAAAUCCCAGACACAAUGAGCUACUAUUACGGCAACUACUAUGGUGGCCUUGGCUAUGGCCUUGGUGGCUUCAGUGGCCUGGGCAAUGGCUAUGGUUCCAACUAUGGCCUUGGGGGCUAUGGUGGCUACAGUGGCUAUGGUAGCUACGGUGGCUAUGGCGGCUAUGGAGGCUAUGGCUAUUUCCGUCCCUCUUUCUACGGCAGAUACUGGUCCUCUGGAUUUUACUGAGAACAUGGCCCUCUGCAUCAUCUAUUCUGAUCCAGAAUCAGAUUACUCAACCUGGACACUCAUUGCACUGUGCUGAAGAUUUCUCAUUUCUUCAUUUUGUGAUAUUUCUUGGCAUGUUACUGCAAUAAACAUCUAGUGUGAGCAUUUGCAUAUUGUAUCAUUGAUGUUUUCCUGAUUGAUGUUUUUCAUUCCAAAUUUUGGUAUAUGGUAUAAAGUACUUCUUUGGUAAAGGUGCCCUCCAUUGUGAGAUUGUAAGUGUAUCAAUUUAUAU